AUAAAUCUUUAUUUAUUAAUUAUAGUAUAAGUAAGAUCAAAAUUUGGUCAAAUUAGACAAUCAGAUUAAAUCAAAUCAAUAAAAAUGACGUGAACUAAACAAACCCUAAGUUUGAAAACUUAAUCCUCUGAUAAUCACCCCUAUUCCGACCUCUCCCGAUUGGACCUCUAGUUUUUUACUCGAAAAGGGUGGCUUAACCAACGAAAGACAGCAAACCCGAAACCUAUUCUAACACGCGCAAUUUUUUAUUUAAAAAAAAAAAAAAAAAAAAACAAGUGCUACAUCGUAUCGUAUUUCUUACAUUUGGUCCAAAAAAAACACCAUAGUCAAUCUCCCAACACUUUACUUGUCAACGAAUCUUUCUCCUCCUAGAUCUGCAAUCCAAUCUUCCCAAUUCAUGACAUUCAUCUGAAUCAAUCGAUUCGCUGAGUCUAACGAGUCAGUGACUCAGCCAUGGCGGACAUCUCCGACUCAGCGGUGUCUAUCCGAGUCCCCUAUAAACACCUCAAGCAAACUGCUGAUGUUGAAAUGGUUGAUUUUGAUCAUAAUUCUCCCAACAUUUCUAGGGUUGUUAAUGGCGAUUCGCCGGAAAUUCACCGGCAUUCGUCGGAUUCGAGAUCGGAGAAGAAUAGUUUGAUGAAAUUGAUACUCAGUUGUACGGUUGCCGCCGGUGUUCAGUUUGGUUGGGCGCUUCAGCUUUCUCUUCUCACUCCUUACAUUCAGACACUUGGAAUAGGACAUGCAUUUUCUUCAUUUAUUUGGCUUUGUGGCCCUAUCACAGGUCUUGUGGUUCAACCAUGUGUUGGUAUCUGGAGUGACAAAUGCACUUCUAAAUAUGGCAGAAGGCGGCCCUUUAUUCUUGCUGGAUCCCUCAUGAUCUCUGCUGCUGUCAUAAUAAUAGGCUUUUCUGCAGACAUUGGAUAUCUGUUAGGAGACACCAAGGAGCACUGCAGUACAUUCAAAGGUACUCGAACAAUGGCAACUAUCACAUUUGUUGUUGGUUUUUGGAUGUUGGAUCUUGCUAAUAAUACUGUGCAGGGCCCAGCUCGAGCUCUUUUGGCUGAUUUAUCAGGACCUGAACAGCGGAAUGCUGCGAAUGCCGUGUUUGCCUCCUGGAUGGCUGUCGGUAACAUUUUGGGGUUCUUAUCAGGUGCUAGUGGAAAUUGGCACAAGUGGUUCCCAUUUCUGACAAACCGUGCUUGCUGUGAAGCUUGUGGAAAUUUGAAAGCAGCAUUUCUGAUUGCAGUGGUCUUCUUGACGUUAUGUACACUUGUAACUCUUUACUUCGCCGAAGAAGUUCCCCUUGAUGCAGGUCCAUCUCAGAGACUAUCAGAUUCUGCUCCAUUACUAGAUGACUCUCAACAGCUGUCAACUGAACUUUCUAAUUCAAAGCUCCAUGAUAGUAAUUCGCUGCCUUACACUGAGAAUGGUGAAAGGAAUGAAGAAAAUCAUGAUAAAGGUUUUAAUGACGGACCUGGAGCUGUUAUGGUCAAGUUGUUGACUAGCUUAAGACAUCUACCACCUGCAAUGCAUUCAGUGCUUAUUGUAACAGCUCUCACUUGGGUUUCCUGGUUUCCCUUUUUGCUUUUUGAUACUGAUUGGAUGGGAAGAGAAGUCUAUCAUGGGGACCCUGUUGGAAAUGCCUCUAAAGUAAAAGCCUACGAUCAAGGUGUCAGAGAAGGUGCUGUUGGAUUGCUUCUCAAUUCAGUUGUCCUUGGUGUUGGCUCUUUUUUAAUUGAACCUAUGUGCCGGCAUAUGGGGACUAAAGCUGUGUGGGCUUUGAGCAAUUUUAUUGUAUUCAUCUGCAUGGCAAGCAUUGCUGUGAUCAGUUUUGUUUCUCUCAAAAGUUACUCCCAAGGUGUAGAACAUGUGAUUGGAGAAAACUCAUCAACCAGGAUUGCAGCCCUAGUUAUAUUUGCCAUUCUUGGUUUCCCUCUCUCUAUAACUUAUAGUGUACCCUAUUCUGUCACUGCCUCAGUGACUGCCGAUUCUGGAGGUGGUCAAGGAUUGGCACUUGGAGUUCUGAAUCUUGCAAUUGUUGUCCCUCAGAUGAUUGUAUCACUUGGUGCUGGGCCAUGGGAUGCCCUAUUUGGUGGAGGAAAUGUACCUGCAUUUGUUUUGGCCUCUUUAGCUGCACUUACAGCUGGUGUUGUUGCAACAUUGAAGAUGCCUAAUAUUUCUGGCAGCUUCAAGUCAGCUGGCAUGCAUGUUGGUUGAUAGCAUUUCCUUGCAAUGAGCCUAACAAACAGAGUAUGUGAUUAUCAGCUGACACAAAUGCCAACUAUAGAUAUAAUGCAUUGGAGUGAUCCCCUUACUCAUAUGUGCAGCUUAUCGUCCUACAGUUUUCAUCUAACACGAUCAUUCAAUUCAUUUUUUAGCCUCGUUUUGGCAUUUGUAACUUAUAGUUAAUACAUAGGGUUAUCGUUGAUAGGAUCUUAAAUUUACAUACAGGAGGUGAGCUACUGAGCUGUGCUACCCCGUGUAAUUUUACGUAUAAAAAGGGUAAAGGGCAUGUCCUCAACCCACUGAUAGGCGAAAAAAUAUACAAUUUUGUAAAUGAUGUUAAGCUCUAUGGUCUUCUAGAGCACUAAUUUUGCUGCAUUUUUCACA